UGUAGCUGGAGGGGAUUCCUAUCCACUCUGCCUCGCGUCUCCCAACCGACUACUGGAACUGAGCUGAAUAAGAACAAACCUCAGACAACAGCCUACCUGGCAUUGAAACACACUAUCUGGCAUUGAAACAAAUAGGAACCUCCUGGACUAUUACUUAACUUUUGUUGGUGGACAACGUGUAUCUUGAGGGAAACAUGCUUCUGUACCCUGACCUUCUGGCUCUGCUCUUCCUCCAGCUUGCCCUCUCCAGCCCGUGGACGCUAGCCUCCCGGCUGCCCCCUCGCAGAGGAGGGAGUCCCUCCAGUAAGGACUUACAGGGGGCUAGGGCCCCCAACCAGAGGCAGCAGUCUGGGGAGCUCAGCACCACCGUCCUGUUCCUGGGGGAGCCCUGUGGGGUCUACACCCUGAGCUGUGCCCGUGGACUCCGCUGUGCCCCACCACUGGGAGACCCCAGCCCCAUCCAGGCCCUUCUGCAGGGCAGGGGAGUCUGCAGCAACGCCAGUGGGCCCAGCCCUUCUGAGAGUCCCCAGCCCACAGCCACACACUCGACACCCACCGAAGACCUGGAGAAGGCUCCGUGUCGUAGGCUGCUGAACACUGUACUUAAAGGUCUUGAGCCCCUGGUCUUCCAGUCAGACCGUGGUGAUAUCUAUAUGCCUAACUGUGACAAGCGUGGUUUCUUUAGAAAGAAACAGUGUCGGUCGUCUCGGGGCAUGCGCCGCGGUCACUGCUGGUGUGUGAAUGAGAGUGGCAUGCCAACAUCAUCACACACAAGCCCAGAGGGCACCCUGAUCUGUGACAAUGCAUGAGAGGGCACUGCCCAGUCCAACACACCCUGAAGUCUGGAAUAUUGACCAAUGGGUGAGGAUCGAGAGGAAGAGCAAGAUGAGGAGAAAAGAGAGGGAUAGAGGAAGAACAGGAGAGCUGCCCAAUGUGCUGGACACUAAAUGGCCAAUACAAGCAAAAUUCACACUUACUGCAUCCCAAAUAGCACCCUUUGUAGGGAAUAGGGUGCCAUUUGAGAUGCAUUCCCUACUACACUACUACCUACAAGCACAUUUUUCCAAUUGCAUUUCUCGUGGAGGUCAUUCUCUUUAUCCAUCCCUGUUUGUUUGGUCUCAUAGCGCCCUCUAGUGAUGAGUUGUGAUACAGUACGAACCAGAGAGAUUAUUUACCUAGUAGGCCCAACCUGAGUUUAGACUGGAUGGGUAUGGAAUUGUUGCACUUUUUAGUUUCAAUAUCUGUACUCUGUGUUAUAAAUACGCAGAGUUGUGAGUUAAUUUUAUAAUCUAACUCAAAGUGGGUAGACCUGUAGUAGACUACAUCCCCAAUCAUAUUUACCCACUGUGUCCCAUGACAGUCUAUGGCCUCGUGAUGAGGAUUGUCUCUGAUGAUGUUACCACUGUCGACACACUCUUAUGUUCAAACUCCAGGACCAAGAACUACUGGAGCACCUCCAACCUUUUUACUGACAUUAUAGCUGAGCAGACAUGUUUUUAUACUAUAAGAUAUAGUCUUUUUAUAUACAUAUAUAAAUUAAAACCUGAUGUAUUAUUUAAUUCGCAGUAUGUAUUUUUUAUAAUGAAUUUUACAUUUUAUUUAAGUGUUUUGUUUUCUAUUGGGCAUGAAAAAACAUUGUAUUUUGUACUGUACCUGCUGAACAUUGUUUUAUUGAUUUAAUUAUUUAUGUUGACAAUUUUUUAUACUUAAGUAAAUGUGACAUUUUAUCAAUAAAAGCCUCUGAGUGGAAACACCCUGGAAGCAAAUGUA